CGAAGAACGAUACAAGAUCUCGUGUAUAGUGUUGAUCCCAACGUCAAGAUCGAGCCAGAGGUGGAAGAUCUCCUGUUAUCUAUUGCUGACGAAUUCAUCGAUUCUGUCACCAACUUUUCGUGUCGCUUGGCUAAACAUCGUGGUGGGGAUACUCUGGAAGUGCGCGACUUACAACUACACCUU